AUGAAAGUUCUUGUCUCCCCCGCAUCUCACCAGGUGACACCAGGUCCAGAAGUCAACCUUACCAAUACCUACUAUCACAGAUACAAGCCAACUUGUCCUGGCUACUGUACUUUUGAUGUGGCGAUCAAGAUAAUAGACAAGACGAAACUAGACGAAGAUAACCUGAAGAAAAUAUUUAGAGAAAUUCAAAUUCUUACACAGCUCAGGCAUCCUAAUAUUAUAAGACUGUAUCAGGUUAUGGAAACCGAAAAGAUGAUAUAUUUAGUAACAGAAUACGCUAGUAAAGGUGAAAUUUUUGAUCAUUUAGUAAAUAAUGGACGAAUAAGUGAGAAGGAAGCAUGUCGCAUCUUCCAUCAGAUUGUGUGCGCAGUCAACUACUGUCACAGUCGAAAAAUUGUACAUAGAGAUUUAAAGGCUGAGAAUUUGUUAUUGGACGAAAACAUGAAUAUUAAAUUAGCUGAUUUCGGAUUUAGUAAUCAUUUUGAAUUGGGUAAAAAAUUAUCCACGUGGUGUGGUAGCCCUCCUUAUGCCGCUCCAGAACUGUUCGAAGGACUAGAAUAUGACGGACCAAAAGCCGAUAUAUGGAGCCUAGGUGUAGUUUUGUACGUCCUCGUCUGUGGUGCCUUGCCCUUUGAUGGUUUGACCUUACACUGCCUUCGGAAAAGAGUCAUGACCGGCAUGUUCCGUAUACCAUUUUUUAUGAGUGCAGAUUGUGAAGAUUUAAUCCGACACAUGCUGCUAGUUAAUCCUGAAAGACGGCUGAAAAUGGAACAAAUUUUAGCCCAUAAAUGGAUGAAACAGUUCGAUAAUGACCUCCUACUAGAAGAUACCUCGUUAGCAGUUCCUGCCGAGACCGGAGCGGUUAAUAAUGCUGUUGUAGAUCACAUGCUUCAGCUGCGCUUGGAUAGGGAUAUGAUUUGCAAGUCGGUGUUGAAGAACAGCUUUGACCAUUUGAGCGCCAUCUACCACCUGCUGGAGGACAAGAUGGAGAAGAGCCUGCGCAGAGAGCAGUGCGAAGCGAUGGGUCUGAUGUCGACGACAGCUGUAUUACCCAACAGCAACAGCAGUCCACAGCUGCAGCAGCUGCAGCAGCCUCAGCAGACCAGGAGAGCCAGCAUCACUACUGGUAUAGUGGAGCGUGUCAACAGUGAUGCAGAUUCGUCUUCUCAAUUGCUGAUGACAAUGCCGACCAUUGCAGCAAUGCACCUCAUGCAAGAUGCCCAUCAUCUCGAAAAGUUUGGUGAUGCCGAUGUUGAAAUGCCUGAAAGGACUCCGACCAGACCAGACGGAGGAGUUACACCUGAUAAGUACCAUGUCACCGCUAGAAGGCAUACGGUUGGUCCGGGAGACUCAACUCACGAACAGGUGUUGGAGGCGCAUUACAUGAAACAAGGCGAUCAGCCGUUGAACAUCUUUCCGAACACAAAUCUGCCACAGAACAUUCCAUUGGUCCAGUACCAGCCACCUCACAACUUCACCAUCAAGGAUCAGCAUCUGCUGAAACCGCCUCCUGUAUUGGGCGCAGUUGGUGGUUUUGGACGGAGAGCAUCAGACGGUGGUGCGAAUCUACAAAGCUAUUGCCAAAGGGCUGUCAGUCAGCCAGGAAGCCAAGAGGAACUACAGCUGUUGCAACCGGGUAGUCCUGCUCUGGCUCAGCGAUCUCAGCCCAUCAGUGGCACUGACCAAGAGUCAGCAUCGCCAACCAUUGAUCUCACACACGGCCAAAUGGACGAGAUGCAAUCAGAAGAUGUUAAUAGGUAUAUGCAAGGUAGGGGUAGCACGAAACGACACACACUGGCGCUGGCCAACUCGGAAGAGGCGCAGAGGAUAGCCAACCAACAGCAAGCCAAUGCCUGCCAACAGUCCGGCAACCAGCAGCGAACGAGGCGAAGCGGUCUCCUCACUGUCAUGGAGCGGCCUCCCGUGAUUAGUCCCGAGCUGAUCCUGGAGGUGGAGAACCGGAUGAACCGUCAGUACAAGCCGUCGUUGGCCGUCUACGGUCAACCGUCGGUGCGGCCCAGGAAGCCCAACUCGCUCCGCAAACCGCUCGCUUCGCAUCUGCCUACCGUUCAGGAACAACACAAGUAUAUAGGUAAUUCGAGAGGAGGAGAGUCGUUGAAAGACAGUCCAGUUCUGCAUUUGCCAGGUGAAAGGUUCAGUCCUGUGAGGAGAGCUUCAGAAGGUUCAACAGUGCAAUGUAUGAAUUCUGCCGAAACAUCCUUACGAGCUCUCCAGUUAGAACACCAGCAAUUGCAGAAAAACAGCAACUUGUUGAAUGACAGCCAAAUAUUAGCCGAUCUCCAAUCGAAGCACUUCCUGGACAUGCAGCAGAUGAGGGGGAGUCCGUCACUGGGCAGUCCGUCCCCCUCUCCUCCCCACCAGUCCAUCAGUGGUUGUGUCUCUCCUCUAACUCCAGCUGGUUCGCCGAUCCACUACUCGGGUGGAGCAAGUCCCAGCAGGUUCGUGGUGGAUGGCAGUGGAGGGGGAAGUGUGACGUCAUCCUCUGGCAGCAGUGCACUCUCACAGCAUUUGCAGCGGCUGCAGCUGCAGACUGACUACUAUCCGCCUUCCAACGCUGUCACCCAGGGCUCUAUAAUCCAAGGCACAGCGUACAGUGGCAGCAAUGGCAACUGCAUGCCUUUGGACCUGAGGAUGCAGCAGCCACUCCACCAUUCCAGUCCAUCGCCUCCGCUCACUAUGAUACAAGAAGAAGUUUGGCCUGGCGAGCCGCACACAGUGAAAACGCAAACAGGCACGCCGGCGAUCUCAGUGACCGACGAGCUGGGUGACCAGCGGAUUCUGGCGGACUCGUGCGACGCAUGCGCAAUGCAGCACUCGUGCAGCGAGGAGGACAUCCCGGCGCUGUUGAACUCUGAACAUCUGCAGAAGACGGUGAGCGGCUCAUUCGAGGUGGCUCUGUCCGAGUUCUGCUCGCACCUCGCCACACCCGACAUCCUCGGCCUCGUCGAGAAGGCUGUCACCGCCACCCUGCCUCCCACCUGCCUGCACUCGGUCGGCAACGACAACACCCUGGCGCUCGAGUAUCCCUGCGGACUGCAGGUAGAACUGCAAGUGCUGUCGCACAACACACAGCUGAAGAUGCGUCGUAUCUCGGGCGACCAAGGCCAGUACAGCGCGCUCUGCCAUCAGCUGGUCGCCUGCAUGUCCAGCUAAUACAGGCUCAAGCGCAUGCGCACUCACGACUGACCGUUGCACACCCAGAGACGAGUAGGAUGAGCUGUAGAGGAGGAAGCUCCUAGCGAUACGUAGCAGAAGAGAAGAAUGUUUGAUGACCUUGAGAUAUGCAUUAGCUAGGCACUUGCCGCAUUGCAGGAGGAAGUGGCGGUAUAAGAGGAAGCUCCUAGAGAUACGCAGCGAAAGAGAAGAAUGUUUCAUGAGCUGUGACCUUGAGAUAUGCAUUAUCUAAGGCACUUGUCACAUUGCAGAAGGAAGCUUGAUAAAAUAUUAUCGCUGCUAUGCUCCGCUGUGGCGAAGGAGUUUCAAACAUUGGACGGGGAUCUCCCAGCUUAAUCACACUCUCCAGCAGCUUUUGAGAUCGGUACAGAUUUGAGGGGUGUACAAAAAAUAGAACGAACAGCUCUUAUUCAGGAGGCAGACUGUU